GGAGGAGGAGAAUUUACCCCUUCACCCCUUCUGGUCUGUGUUUUGGACCUCAGAGCAGUGAAUGCUGGGGCAGGAGACUGGAAGAAAGAAGAUGAAGAAGCUGUUGGUGUUUUUGCUUUGCGUAGUCGUGCUCACCGUCUGGACAGAUGCAAACCCAGUCGUCAAGGAAAAGUUUGCUAAGCAGCUGCUGCGCAGCAAGAGGCAGGACCGCCCGAUGAAGGCUGGAUACCCCGACGAGCCCAUGAGGGAGCACAUGCUGCACAUGCAGGCCCUGGACCAGCGGGCCCGGGAGACCAACAUGGAGAACUGGAUGAACCCUCACUGCCCCCCGCGCUGCGACAGGAACUACGGACACCCGGUCUGAGGAUGAGGAAGAAAAGGACCAGAUGGGGCUGGACAUGGACUCAGCGGCGGCAACACUAAAAGUUCUGAACAAUUAAAACAUAGAAACUCUUUUUUACUCUCUAUUACUCUCUAAGUGCAUGUGACAACAUGCAGAUAUUCUAUUAUCUUGUAAAUUCUGAUAAUUUGCUCUUUAGCAGUCUCUUAAUUUAGUGUCCUAUGUGUAAAAGAACAAAAAAAUAAAUCAUAAUCAUACAGCG